ACGUGUGAGCAAACUUCCCAGUGACACUCAGGCUGCAGCUGUGUGCUCAUCACCCACGAGACUGGUUCUCUUGAUUGUCACGGGUGGAGACAGGAUGCUUUGGGCACUGGCCCUGCUGGCUCUGGGCUUGGGUCCAAGAGCUUAUGCUGGUGACCAGGGUGAAGACACUUCAUUUGACCUUUUCAGCAUCAGCAACAUAAACCGGAAGACCAUCGGUGCCAAGCAGUUUCGAGGGCCUGACCCUGGGGUUCCCGCUUACCGUUUUGUACGCUUUGACUACAUCCCCCCAGUGAAGACAGACGACCUCAGCAGGAUUGUGAAGCUUGCAAGGAGAAAGGAGGGCUUCUUCCUCACAGCCCAGCUGAAGCAGGACCGCAAGUCUCGAGGCACACUCCUGGUGUUGGAAGGCCCUGGCACCUCCCAGAGGCAGUUUGAGAUUGUGUCCAAUGGCCCAGGGGAUACCUUGGACCUCAACUACUGGGUAGAAGGCACCCAGCAUACCAACUACCUGGAGGAUGUGGGUCUGGCUGACUCCCAGUGGAGGAAUGUAACUGUGCAGGUGGCUAGCGACACCUAUAGCCUGUACGUGGGCUGCGAUCUCAUUGACAGUGUCACCCUGGAAGAACCAUUCUAUGAGCAGCUGGAAGCAGACAGAAGCAGGAUGUACGUGGCCAAAGGUGCAUCCCGAGAGAGCCACUUCAGGGGCUUGCUGCAGAAUGUCCAUCUUGUGUUUGCAGAUUCUAUAGAAGAUGUUCUAAGCAAGAAAGGCUGUCAACACAGCCAGGGAGCUGAAGUCAACACCAUCAGUGAGCACACAGAGACACUCCACCUGAGCCCUCAUAUCACCACAGACCUGGUGGGCCAGGGUGUGGAGAAGACGCAGGAGGUAUGCACACACUCCUGUGAAGAGUUGAGCAACAUGAUAAACGAGCUGUCUGGAUUGCAUGUCAUGGUGAACCAGCUGAGCAAGAACCUGGAGAGAGUGUCCAAUGAUAACCAGUUCCUUUUGGAGCUCAUUGGAGGCCCUCUGAAGACAAGGAACAUGUCAGCCUGUGUGCAGGAGGGCCGAAUCUUUGCAGAAAAUGAAACUUGGGUUGUAGACAGCUGUACCACAUGCACCUGCAAGAAAUUUAAAACAGUGUGCCAUCAAAUCACUUGCUCACCGGCCACUUGUGCCAACCCAUCUUUUGUGGAAGGCGAGUGCUGUCCAUCCUGUUCCCAUUCUUCAGACAAUGACGAGGACUGGUCUCCGUGGGCAGAGUGGACUGAGUGUUCUGUCACCUGUGGCUCUGGGACCCAGCAGAGAGGAAGGUCUUGUGAUGUCACCAGCAACACCUGCCUGGGCCCCUCCAUUCAGACAAGGGCAUGCAGCCUGGGAAAAUGUGAUACACGAAUCCGCCAGAAUGGUGGCUGGAGUCACUGGUCACCCUGGUCUUCAUGCUCCGUGACUUGUGGAGUUGGCAACGUCACUCGCAUACGUCUCUGCAACUCUCCAGUACCCCAAAUGGGUGGCAAGAACUGCAAAGGCAGUGGCCGGGAGACCAAGGCUUGCCAGGGUUCACCAUGCCCGGUUGAUGGCCGUUGGAGCCCCUGGUCUCCUUGGUCAGCCUGUACAGUCACCUGUGCUGGAGGGAUCCGUGAACGGACACGUGUUUGCAACAACCCGGAGCCUCAGUAUGGUGGGAAGGACUGUGUGGGGGAUGUGAAGGAGCAUCAAAUGUGCAACAAGAGAAGUUGUCCUAUUGAUGGGUGCUUAUCCAACCCGUGUUUUCCUGGAGCCAAGUGCAACAGCUUCCCUGAUGGGUCCUGGUCCUGUGGCUCCUGCCCAAUGGGCUUCCUGGGCAAUGGCACCCAUUGUGAGGACCUAGAUGAGUGCGCUGUGGUCACAGAUAUUUGCUUCUCAACCAACAAAGCUUCCCGUUGUGUCAACACCAACCCUGGUUUCCACUGCCUGCCUUGUCCCCCACGCUACAAGGGAAGCCAGCCCUUUGGGGUUGGCCUGGAGGCUGCUAGGACAGAGAAACAAGUAUGCGAGCCAGAAAAUCCAUGCAAGGACAAGACUCACAACUGCCACAAGCAUGCAGAGUGCAUCUACUUAGGCCACUUCAGUGACCCCAUGUACAAAUGUGAGUGCCAGACUGGCUAUGCCGGUGACGGGCUCAUCUGUGGGGAGGACUCAGACCUGGAUGGCUGGCCCAACAGCAACCUGGUGUGUGCUACCAAUGCCACCUACCAUUGCAUCAAGGACAACUGCCCCAAACUGCCAAAUUCUGGGCAGGAGGAUUUUGAUAAAGAUGGAAUUGGAGAUGCUUGUGAUGAGGAUGACGACAAUGACGGUGUGAGCGAUGAGAAGGACAACUGUCAGCUUCUCUUCAAUCCCCGUCAGUUAGACUAUGACAAGGAUGAGGUUGGAGACCGAUGUGAUAACUGCCCUUAUGUGCACAACCCAGCACAGAUUGACACCGACAACAACGGGGAAGGCGAUGCCUGCUCUGUGGACAUUGAUGGGGACGAUGUUUUCAAUGAACGAGACAACUGCCCCUAUGUCUACAACACUGACCAGAGAGACACAGACGGUGAUGGUGUGGGCGACCACUGUGACAAUUGCCCCCUGAUGCACAACCCAGAUCAGAUGGAUAUGGACAAUGAUCUUGUUGGAGAUCAGUGUGAUAACAAUGAAGACAUAGAUGAUGAUGGCCACCAGAACAACCAAGACAACUGCCCAUACAUCUCCAACUCCAAUCAGGCUGACCAUGACAAUGACGGCAAGGGUGAUGCUUGUGACUCUGAUGAUGACAAUGAUGGUGUUCCAGAUGACAGGGACAACUGCAGACUGGUCUUCAACCCAGAUCAGGAAGACUCAGAUGGCGAUGGCCGAGGCGAUAUUUGUAAAGAUGACUUUGACAAUGACAACGUCCCAGAUAUUGAUGACGUGUGCCCCGAGAACAAUGCUAUCACUGAGACAGAUUUCAGGAACUUCCAGAUGGUUCCUCUGGAUCCCAAGGGAACUACACAAAUCGAUCCUAACUGGGUAAUACGUCACCAAGGCAAAGAGCUGGUACAGACAGCGAACUCAGACCCUGGCAUUGCUGUAGGUUUUGAUGAGUUUGGGUCUGUGGACUUCAGUGGUACAUUCUACGUCAACACUGACCGGGAUGACGACUAUGCUGGCUUUGUCUUUGGCUAUCAGUCAAGCAGCCGCUUCUAUGUGGUGAUGUGGAAGCAGGUUACUCAGACCUACUGGGAAGACAAGCCAAGUCGGGCUUAUGGCUACUCUGGCGUGUCACUCAAAGUGGUAAACUCCACGACUGGUACUGGCGAGCAUCUGAGGAAUGCCCUGUGGCACACAGGGAACACAGAAGGCCAGGUGCGCACGCUAUGGCAUGACCCCAAAAACAUUGGCUGGAAAGACUAUACCGCCUACAGGUGGCACCUGACUCACAGGCCUAAGACAGGCUACAUGAGAGUCUUAGUGCAUGAAGGAAAGCAAGUCAUGGCUGAUUCAGGACCGAUCUAUGACCAAACCUAUGCUGGCGGACGGCUGGGCCUGUUUGUCUUCUCCCAAGAAAUGGUCUACUUCUCAGACCUCAAGUAUGAAUGCAGAGAUGUCUAGAGAGCAAGGCUACAGUUCCAUCCAUGUGCUACAGACACUGUUUCCUAGAAAAGUCGGUCCGUCUUGAUACUUGCAGCUUCUUUCUCUUUUGGCAUUUCCUGUUUCUUGACCUUAACUGAGUGGAUCUUCACCUCCUUCAUCAGCACCAAGUCCAAGUGCCUUCAAAUGACAAAUAAUCAAGGGAGCUGCAAGAUAGGCAUCUAGCCUGCUUCUGGGAAAAGUUAAAGGAACUAUGAGACUCACUGUGGAGUGAAAACCGAGCAUGUUGCUGCAUUGCCUUUCCUUGUUUGUUUAAAAAGAAUGACGUUUACAUGUAAAAUGUAAUUACUUGCAGUAUUUAUGUGUAUAUGGAGUUGAAGGGAAUAUUGUGUAUAAGUCAUUCUCAUAAAUUAAGCAUGAAAAAUAUUGCUCACCUACUUUCAAUGCUUAAUGUUGUCACUAUUCUUGGAUUCGUGCUGUUCUACAAUGACACACAAAUCCUGUAAGGUCAAUUUUAAAGAAAGAUCAGGUGAACUUGGCUGCAGUAAGGAAGAGGCCAGAAGAUAGUCACAUGACUGUGGCCCCUUGUCCAGUGAUAUUAAACCCUGACUAAUCCGGAACAUAGAAAAUGAUUGCAAAAUUAGAUGAAAAGCACUUCUUACUCCUCUUGGAGUAAGGCUGACUUGACAUAGACAAAGGCAGUGUGCCAUUGCAAAAGUGGAUCUUUCAGGUCUCCAGAUGUGGACUUUUCAGAGCUUUCAGAACAAAAGCUCAGUGGAGGCAAGCACCUCCUAUUAAGAUGGAUGCCGGGGCCAGCCUUGUGGAGAGCCUAGGCUGGAAGUGAAAGGGCUCUGUAUAAUGACUGCUAGGAUCUCCAUCUGGGCAUCCUUUCUUGCUCCUGUUACUAGGAAACAGACUGGGAGAUAAGUUGGCAAAUGCACUUUGGUACCCUACUCCUAGUCUAGGCUUCUGAAUAACGCAGAAGUUGCUCUUGCCUAAUUUGGAAACUUAUUUCAUUAAGUUUCCAAGUGCAACUGUUUUGUUAAUAUUUAUUAAAUGAAUUUGCAAUGUAGCCCCACUCAGCAAUAACUUAUUUUUACCAUACAAAAUAACAAAUAUGUAGAAUAAUUUCUAGAAAUAAGCAUAUGACAAGGAUAUAAUGAUAUAAAGAUACACUUAUCAAAAUAGCUGUUGGUUGAAAUACAAGGCUCUAAGCCAUGACAAAAUGGGACCUUAAUACGCACAGUUGCCAAUGAUUUUAAUUAAGUUCUUUUUACUGUUAUCUAUGUGCUGUGUAUAGGUUUUUUAUAUUUUAAUGUUGAAGAAAACACCUCCCCCCCAGACACACCCAUUAAUCAGUCACACCAUAACAGACAUAUGCUUGGUUUAUUUUAUUUUAUUUUAUUUUAUUUUAUUUUAUUGCUUUGAGCUGCCUGAUCUCCCAGCAGCAGGAAAUACUGUCUCUUUCACUUCAUAUGAGUUCAGUCAGAGUAGAUCUUGUCCCUGUGAAGGGAGUGGAGCAGGAUCCCUUUUCUGGUAAUGGUAGUUACAUUUCUAAGUCAGAUUGAAAGAAUCCAUGACUUUGAAUUUCCCCAAUUUGUCUCAGUGCAGUUAUUUGUGUUAGUGUCUUUGAGGGUGAGUUUCCUUGUGUUUUGUUACCCUGCACUUUUUACUUUCUGUGGGACUGUAUUCCCAAGGCCCACAUGAGACUUCAGACUGUGAGGCUGUGAAGAACAUUUAGGCUUUCACUUGGGGCAUUUGGCUGAAUGGUACAAGGCGGUGGGGACGAUGUGAAUACGUUCAAUGUACCAUAUUUUUUUUGUAAAUUAUUUAUGUAGUUUUUUAAAAAAACAAGAGCUUCUCAUAUACGUUAAUGAAACAUUGUUCUUGCCAAAGAUUGUAAAUAUUUAUUUAUUUGUUCAUUGGGUCAAACCUUCACCACUGAAACCCUACGUUUAGCUAGAGCUUCAUUUUUAUACUGAAGAUUAAC